AUGAGCAUCCUUAAAUAUAUGAACUACAUGAACCAUGCUUCUUAUGAAGAAGUUCAAGCCAUUAAGAGCAAUUUAAGGGCAAUGAAUUUAAUUAAAAAUUCUUUAAUUAGUCCCAGAUAUAUAUCUACAUAUAUAUCGAAAACACAUCUGGAAGUCACGAGGAAAUCAGCAUUAGUUGAACAUGUAGCAGAGACGAAACAUAUUUUUGAUUUCGAAAAUGCGAAGAAGAUGUUGUACAUCAUCAGCAAACAAACAUUACUAAUAGUAACCCUGAAGAUGACCUUAAAGAAAGACUGA